AUGCGUCUGGCAUGCGGCAAGCAGUGUGAUGACAGUCACGCAAUGUCCAGUGCACACCAACGGGUACUCAAGGAAGAGUCCCAGCUGGACCGGCUGUUUGGCCCGCCGGCUGGGUUUGGCCUGCGGCGACGGGGUUCUGGUUGCAAGGUGCGCACCAAAAAGGGCCUCAUGGAAUAUUCUGGUAAUGCUGUCUUCGAGCUGCCCAAGGUGCUGAUGAUGAAAUUUAGGGCUGGCCACUGUGCAUUCUUGAAGCGUGGACGCAGCAAAAAUGCCAAAAUACACGUGAUAACCAACGAGUCCACCACGGGGUUUCACUUUGCCGCUGUCAAGUACAGUGCAAGCAGCGGCAAGUACGGGAAUUCCACAUACGACAAGACAAUGCUGCGUCUUUACCACGAAAUUCCCGAUGACGGCCCGCUCCCUGACCCAAAUGCAAGUGGGAGCGGGGAGAAUGCAAAUCAUAUCACAUGGUGGCCUGUUAUCAUCUUGCAAUUGCAUGAUGAUUCAGUUCAAGUGGCUCGGGAAGUGACACCUGGACAUGUUUAUGUCAUUAUUUGCUUUUACCAAUUUGGGCCUGGACAAUGGAAAUCGUGGAGGCGUGAUUUCCAUUCAUCCGCUGUCCAUGGCAAGGGGUGCAUGUGCAUCAAUGUUUGGACACAUUUGAAAUGCUUCCUGUCUAACAUUGUGUAA